UCUCUCUCUGGGGCCCUAUCUUCCCUUAUAUGGUGAAGGCAGUUCCUAGAGGAGGGGGGGUGGGGACAAAGGUCGCUGUCCUCCAGCCAGCUUGCCACAACUCCUGAGAUCUCCCAGGUGGCAGCUGCCUCCCCUAGACAGGCUCAUCCACCAUGACCAAACUGAACGCCCAGGUCAAAGGCUCCCUCAAUGUCACCACGCCCGGGGUGCAGAUAUGGAGGAUAGAGGCCAUGCAGAUGGUACCUGUUUCUUCCAGCACCUAUGGCAGCUUCUUCGACGGUGACUGCUACAUAGUCCUGGCUAUCCACAAGACGGGCAGCAACCUGUCCUAUGACAUUCAUUACUGGAUCGGCCAGGACUCGUCCCAGGAUGAGCAAGGAGCAGCUGCCAUCUACACGACUCUGAUGGAUGACUUUCUGAAGGGCCGGGCUGUCCAGCACCGCGAGGUCCAGGGCAACGAGAGCGAGGCCUUCCGAGGCUACUUCAAACAGGGCAUCGUCAUCCGGAAAGGGGGUGUAGCUUCUGGCAUGAAGAAGGUGGAGACCAACUCCUACGACAUCCAGCGGCUGCUGCACGUCAAGGGCAAGAGGAACGUGGUGGCCGGAGAGGUGGAGAUGUCCUGGAAAAGUUUCAACCGCGGGGAUGUUUUCCUCCUGGACCUCGGCAAGCUUAUCAUCCAGUGGAAUGGGCCGGAGAGUAACCGCAUGGAGAGACUCAGGGGCAUGACCUUGGCCAAGGAGAUCCGAGACCAGGAGCGGGGCGGGCGCACAUACGUGGGCGUGGUGGACGGGGAGGACGAGAAGGCCUCCCCGCAGCUGAUGGAGAUCAUGAACUACGUGCUGGGCCAGCGGAAGGAGCUGAAGGCCGCUGUGCCUGACACGGUGGUGGAGCCGGCGCUCAAGGCUGCCCUCAAGUUGUACCACGUGUCUGACUCCGAGGGAAAGGUGGUGGUCAGAGAAGUGGCCACACGGCCACUCACACAGGACCUACUCAGUCACGAGGACUGUUACAUCCUGGACCAGGGGGGCCUGAAGAUCUACGUGUGGAAGGGGAAGAAUGCUAAUCCCCAGGAGAAGAAGGAGGCCAUGAACCAGGCACUGAACUUUAUCAAAGCGAAGCAGUACCCACCGAGCACGCAGGUGGAAGUGCAGAAUGACGGGGCCGAGUCAGCCGUCUUUCAGCAGCUCUUCCAGAAGUGGACGGUGCCCAACCAGACCUCAGGCCUGGGCAAAACCCACACUGUGGGCUCCGUGGCCAAGGUGGAGCAGGUGAAGUUCGAUGCCACGUCCAUGCAUGUCCAGCCUCAGGUGGCUGCCCAGCAGAAGAUGGUUGACGACGGGAGUGGGGAGGUGGAGAUCUGGCGCAUUGAGAACCUAGAUCUGGUGCCUGUGGAGUCCAAGUGGGUGGGCCACUUCUAUGGGGGCGACUGCUACCUGCUGCUCUACACCUACCUCAUCGGCGAGAAGCAGCACUAUCUGCUCUACAUCUGGCAGGGCAGUCAAGCCAGCCAGGAUGAAAUCACAGCCUCGGCCUAUCAGGCGGUCAUCCUGGACCAGAAAUACAACAAUGAACCAGUCCAGAUCCGGGUCCCGAUGGGCAAGGAGCCACCUCACCUCAUGUCCAUCUUCAAGGGACGCAUGGUGGUCUACCAGGGAGGCACUUCCCGGGCUAACAGCACGGAGCCUGUGCCCUCCACACGGCUGUUCCAGGUCCGGGGAACCAGCGUCAACAACACCAAGGCCUUUGAGGUCCCAGCCCGAGCCACCUCCCUCAACUCCAAUGACGUCUUCGUCCUCAAGACCCAGUCCUGCUGCUACCUGUGGUGUGGGAAGGGUUGUAGCGGAGAUGAGCGGGAGAUGGCCAAGAGUGCUGACACCAUCUCCCGCACCGAGAAGCAAGUGGUGGUGGAAGGGCAGGAGCCAGCCAACUUCUGGGUGGCGCUGGGUGGGAAGGCCCCCUAUGCCAGCUCCAAGAGACUGCAGGAGGAAACCCUGGUCAUCACUCCCCGGCUCUUUGAAUGUUCCAACCAGACCGGGCGCUUCCUGGCCACGGAAAUCCCUGAUUUCAAUCAGGAUGACUUGGAAGAGGAUGAUGUGUUCCUGCUAGACGUCUGGGACCAGGUCUUUUUCUGGAUUGGGAAGAAUGCCAAUGAGGACGAGAAGAAAGCUGCAGCCGUCACGGCGCAGGAGUAUCUCAAGACCCAUCCCAGCGGCCGGGACCCCGAGACCCCCAUCAUUGUGGUGAAGCAAGGAUAUGAGCCCCCCACCUUCACAGGCUGGUUCCUGGCUUGGGAUCCCUUCAAGUGGAGUGACUCCAAAUCCUAUGAGGACCUGAAGGCGGAGCUUGGAAACUCUGGGGACUGGAGCCAGAUCACUGCUGAGAUCAAAAACCCUAAACCAGACGUGUUCAAUGCUAACACCAACCUCAGUUCUGGUCCUCUACCCAUCUUUCCCCUGGAGCAGCUGGUGAACAAGCCUGCAGAGGAGCUUCCUCAGGGUGUGGACCCCAGCAGGAGGGAGGAGCACCUGUCCAUUGAAGAUUUCACCAAGGCCUUGGGGAUGACUCCUGCUGCCUUUUCUGCUCUGCCUCGAUGGAAACAACAGAAUCUCAAGAAAGAAAAAGGACUAUUUUGAGAAGCAAGAGUAGUUGUGCUUAAGAUAGUACCCUACCCUGCCUGCAGACUUCAUUGUUAUUAUUGGUGUUCGUGCUACAUACCAGUUGAAAAUUUACAUAGUACCUGUGAGCAGCAGCCUGUGGAGAUGCCACUUUUGUUUAGUAUCCUAUUCCUCCAGAAAGAUGAUGCCUCUGUCAGAAGCCUGUGGUCCCAAGUUCAGCUCUCAAGAAGGUGGUUGCAUUGUUUAUUACUUCUUAACCAUCCUGUUCAAGAGUUUUCUCUCCUUAGAAGAGCAGCCCACUCUACAGAACAUUAGUUAGGAAGAACCCUCCUUAGCUUUUAUCAUGACUCACUUUUAAUUAUGGCAGGUGGGCUGAAGCAUUUUGCAGUUUUUAUCUUUCCCAGAGUAAUGGCUUUUCCUUUUCACAUAUGCUUUUCUCAGGUGACAAGUAAAAGGGGACCCCUUCUUUGAAAGAGCUGAAUGGCCCAGGCGGUAGCCCUAUUAGGAGGUUUUGGAACGCUCAUGAACCAGUACCCAGUGAGGAUAAUGUGCCCCGUGGGCCUCGGCUUGAGGCCUAACAAAAGUAUGAAAUGCAAACGCUAUUUCACCGGCUCUCUGGUCCUCUUAGUAAUAAGGCAAAGGAAGAGCACAGCUAAGGCCAACGCUGGGUUUACAAACUGUUAUCAGAACCUCUGCAAAGCUUCAGUCUUCUCGGAUGAAAACCACUGGAGGGGGGUGCUGACUUGGCCAUACCUGAUUUCCCAUCCCACUUCCCUGACGCUGUAACAGUGCUGCUUGCUUGGACGUCCAAGUCAGAAGGCCGACAGAGGGUGACUCCCACAACUUCAACUGGUUAACUGUCUGCAGGAAUAUGUCCUUUUCAGAAAUAACAGUUGCGCCAACACAAGGUUAAUAAAGGCUUUAAUUUCACACACACAAAAAACUCAAUGCAUAAUUUAAAAAGGAAACAAAAACAAGGAAAAACCGUAAAGGGUACAGAGGAACAGUUCUGCUAAAACACAGAUAAAGUGCCGCUCCAUACAAAACAACAUAAAGAAUCAGAAUCAAAAGUCACUCUGAACACAAAGAAAAUCACCUCACAAAUAAUGUGGCCAAAGCUGCCAGCAAACCUGGUAGUGGCUCAAUUAGGCAAAGUGUGGGAAGCUUACUUCUGUUCUCCUUUCCAUAGCAUAAAUAAACAACACUGACAACAGGCCAGAGAAGUUGGGGAUGGAAGGACAAGAGAGGGAGGGAAAUCUAAGGACAAGAGGUGUGUACAACCACGGUGUCUCACUCUUCCUCCCCUUCUGCUCUUGAAACAGACCACUUCAGUUGAUUGCUCUUCCGUUUUGGCAAUGGACCUAAUGAACUUUGGUCCUGAUGCAGACCCCUCACCCACUCUAUUCUGACACCAAUGGACACGCCUCUACUUCAAAUUUCUGCAUUUUAAGAAAAGUCCAAAUUACUGAAAUCAACUGCUUGUAUUCAUACUGGCACAUUUUCUAUUAUAAACUUCAAAACCUCAGACUCAGACACAUGGAAAGGAAAGUUUACUGUGUAUAAGUAUGAUACAACAAAAGAGACAGCCUGAGGUCUAGUAAUCAAAGCAUGCCAUAAAGGAGUCAGUGGUCGUGAUGAGACACACCAAAAGAAACCUGUCACAAAACUCUCAAGUCCUAACAAACUAUAGUUUUCCAAUAAAAUAUAUAUAUGUAUUUUUUCCAUUGUUAAUAAGAUACUGAUAGAGACAAAAUAAGAAUUUUAAAGUAAUGCAUUAGAAAAUAGCUAGGGGCAGAAAUCUGUUUAGUUUCUGUACAUACUUAAAGAGCAUUACUUGGUGUAAAGCAAGAUGAGGAAAAAGAUGGAUCUGUUUUAGGAGGACACUCUUUAGUGACUUGCAUCUAGUACUGGGUUGUUGGUCAUUUUUCUAAAAAUCUCCAUGUAUACACAAGAUCCACACGUACCUGGAGAUCCACCCCUGUUUCCCCGAUUUAAAGCAAAAGACCACCUCAGGGGAUCAAUUAAACAGGGCAAAAAGGUUGGAUGACUAAGAGCAUCCACUGAAGUCAAUUCAGAGGACAGAGAGGAGUAACAUUUUUACUUGUUUUAAUACAAUCUCUUUUCAACAGAUCACAAAUGAGUUCACAAACUAUCGUUUUUCCCUGUAUGUAUCCAAACCCCCAUUAUCUCUCCCCUCACAAUGCUCAACUACACGAGACACUGCCAAAAUGUCUUUAAUUUAGGUGUUACCAAAUAAUUUUCAUUAUCAACUAUAUAUGUAGCUGUACAUAUGUAGAGCUAUAUUAAUAUAGUUCCAUAAUGGUAAUCACAGUAAGGAAGAAUAAGUAAAUUCAUGAAUUCACUUGCUGAGGUUUUAAUUCUUCAAGUUUCUCUUUUAGAAGAAUUUUACAUUUGUUCAAGGAGAGAAAUAAAGAAAUGCCUAGUCUAGUAUUUGCCUCCCAGAGUUAAUGAACCGAUCUUUAAGUAUCACUGCAUACCUCUUAAAAUGUAAACACAUUUAUAUUUGUUAUUGAGCCAUUAAGUUAGGCCUGAAAUUAACAGACCAUGGCAAGUAAACAAGUUGCUUUUGGAAUCAAAAGAUAAAUAGAAGAACAAUUCAUGGAUUUGCUUCUUAUUCUAUCCUACUGAGACAAAACUUCUGAGUGUGCACACACACAUAAAUAUAUUCCCUACAAAACAGAAGCUAUCUUCUUAUAGGCCUAAAUUAUAGUCAGGGCUUCUAAAGUGAUAACAGCAUCUGGCCACAUGCAACUUUCCAAUCCUCCAUAAUAAUAUUAGGUGAUAAGAAUCAACAAGUUUAAAUUUUAGUUUAGUUUUCCCUUCCCCAAAAUUUCAAUUGAGAUGAGUUGUGUACAGAACUAAGUACUGUCGAUUUCCAACUCAAAGUCAUUUAAAGUGAUGUAACCAUAUUUGGUAUUUUCAAUAGGAAGAUUAAUUAUUGUGCAGGCUGCCUAAAACUGAAGCACCAUGUCCUCAUCUAACUUGUCCCUUCCUGAUCCCAAGAUGCCAAAUGCCCUAUUCCCCGAUUCUGAGCAAACUGCACAAAAAAUAAUAUAUUAUCUACUUGUAAUUUUUAAAUAUAUACAGUCAGCUCAAAAACAAAA